AUGGCUGCAUCAUCUGACGCUCUUCGCCUGUUGAGACUGUCGAAGGUCACGACAUCCUUGACGCGGCGCAAUUUCAGUAUCCAGCACGCAUGCCGAGCUCUUCAUACCGACAUCACCUACGACGUCGUGGUUGUUGGCUCGGGUUGUUCUGGCCUGACAUCCGCUGUUGUUGCGGCCAAGCACAGCCUAAAGGUACUCGUCGUUGAAAAAACACAGUAUUUUGGCGGCACCACCGCUUACUCGGGUGGAGGGGCAUGGAUCCCAGUGAACAAACACCAACCUUCAAUAGGUGUACAGGAUUCAAUAGACCAGGCCGAUAUCUAUCUCCAUGCAGUCUUGGGUGAUCUCUAUGACACAAAAAAGGUCCCGGCCUUCCUGGAAACGGGGCCUGAAAUGGUGAAAUGGAUGGAGGACAAUUCUACCGUGCGAUUUAAACCUGUUCCUCUACCAGACUACCACGUCGCGAAGAAAGGCGCCUCAAGGGGGCGCACGAUUUUGACCGAAAAGUUCGACGGCCGCAGACUUGGGCCUUUGAUCCAGAACGUUCGCUAUCCAAUACAAGGCUACUCUGCAUUUGGUUCGAUGCAAGCAGAUCCCGCCGAAUUGUCGCUUCUGACCAAUCCAUUUGGCAGUAUCACCAACUUAACUCUCGCGACGAAGAAGGUCCUUCGCUACGCCCUGGACCUGAUACGGUAUGGUAAAGGAACGGAUAUGGCAAACGGCAAUGCUCUUGUGGGCAGACUACUAUUUUCUGCCCAGCAACAAGGCGUAGAGUUGUGGAAUAGCUCUGCAGCCACGAAACCGAUCUUGGACCAUGGUCGUGUUGUAGGUCUUCAUGUCGUUCGCGGCGGCAAGGAGACCAUGGUUUACGCUCGCAGAGGAGUGGUGCUUGCGAGUGGUGGGUUUGGCAGGUCGGAAGAGGCAAACCAGUUUGUGCCUCACGAAUGGUGCGCAAGCCCUCGAGGCAAUACUGGUGAUGGCAAACGGAUUGGAGUGGAAUGUGGUGGUGCUUUACCGCCCAAAAAUCCUUCGAACGCCAUAUUCGCGCCCAUAUCUCUUCUGAGUACUUCCAAAGGCCCCGUUCGUCGCUUUCCGCACUUCGCAAUUGACCGGUCUAAACCAGGUUCCAUCAUUGUUGGGCCCGAUGGUCGAAGGUUUGCGAACGAGUCGGAGCCCUACCAGGAAUUUGUGGGUACUAUGCACAAGAAGGGCAUCAAGAAGGCAUACUACAUCGGCGACCGUACGCAUCUCCGUAAAUACGGUAUGGGCAUGGCAUUGCCCUGGCCAUAUCCGAUCUGGAGAUUGCUGCGACAGGGGUAUCUCAUUUCUGCGCCCACCAUUGCCGCACUGGCCGAGAAGAUUGGAGUUCCAGUCACAAAUUUGGAACAGACAGUUUCAGAUCACAACUCGUUUGCGAAAACAGGCGUCGACACGCAAUAUCAUCGAGGUGAAAAUGAGUAUGACAGCUUCUACGGCGAUCCCCAGGUUCAACCCAACCAAAAUCUGCAGCCGUGCGCCACUGGUCCAUUCUAUGCACUUCCAAUCUAUCCUGGCAACGUCAGCACUGUGUAUGGGCUCAUCACUAAUAAAGAUGCACAAGUGCUUGACCAGAAGGGUGUGGUGGUAGCAGGGCUCUAUGCGGUUGGCUGUGACCAGAACAAUGUAUUCAAAGGAGCGUAUCCAGGAGGCGGUUCGAGCAUUGGGCCUGGAAUGACAUUCGGGUAUCGGGCGGGAAGGAAACUGGCCGAACUUAGCUCUUGA